AUGGACGACCUCUUGAACCUCGAGCUUCUCUCGCUCGUUUCGAAGGUUACGUCCGAACUGCAGAACCAUCUGGGCGUCUCCGACAAAACCCUCGCCGAGUUCAUCAUCGCCCAGCGAGUCGACGCCGACGAUUACGAUGGUUUCAAGAACAAACUUGCGGCCAUGGGCGCCGACUUUCCCCCGAGUUUGGUUGAGAGCGUCGACCGCCUGGUUUUGACCAUGCACCCGAAGAUGAGGGGCAAGGCGCAGAAAAACGGCGGCGGCGGCGGCAGUAGCAACGAGGACCAACACCACCGAAGCGCCGCCGAGAAGGAGCAGAUUUUCAGAGGCCUCGCUGUGCCAGAUAAACCGGUGGCAUACGACAGCAUCGGGGACGGCGUUGACGCCAUCGACGACACCCUGGCCUUGUUGGAGGGGCUAGAGGGCAAGGUGCGGAAAGACAAACCAGACACGCGCAAGCGCAGUCGUAGUCCAGACGACGGUCGCGAAUCGCGGCGGAAACGGAGAGGUCGAUCAAGGUCGAGGGAACGGAAGAAACGAGACAAAUACCGGUCGCGAUCUCGAUCGUACGACGAUUACGAGAACGGGCCCUCUUUGAAGCAGAGAAGCAGGCGGCGCAACUACGACGACGAAGCCGACGACCGUUUCAGGAGGGCGCCCGAACCCGAACUGGACGAUGCACCGCAACUGCACAAGAUAUACAGUGGACAUGUCACUGGCAUUAAAGAUUUUGGAGCAUUUGUUAAUCUGCACGGCGUUCGUGGCAAGGUUGAUGGGUUGGUUCACAUUUCGAGACUGGUGGAAGGUCAGCGGGUCAACCACCCCUCUGACCUAUUGACUAGAGGCCAGGAGGUCAAGGUCAAGGUUGUCAACAUUGAAGGGAACAGAAUAGGUCUGUCUAUGAAAGAGGUGGACCAAGAGACCGGUCUGGAUCUCCACCCAGAGGACAGGAUAUCGUCGGGCGCGAACAUGGAAGCGAUAGGCGGCGGCAGUCGUAACGGAAACAUGUUUGACGACACACCAAUGCCGCCACCGCAACAUCAGCCUCGCCGGCAAAAGAAGCGCAUGACAUCGCCCGAGAGAUGGGAGAUUCGACAGUUAAUUGCAUCUGGCGUUGCUAAGGCCUCCGACUACCCUGACUUGGAAGAAGACUAUAAUGCGACUCUGCGAGGCGACGGCGAGCUGGAACUGGAACAAGAGGUCGACAUCGAAGUCCGAGAGGAGGAGCCGCCGUUCUUGGCGGGUCAGACGAAGCAAUCCUUGGAGCUGUCACCUAUUCGCGUCGUUAAAGCGCCAGAUGGCUCAAUGAACCGAGCGGCCAUGUCGGGUACUGCGCUCGCAAAGGAGAGGAAAGAGCUCAAGCAACAAGAGGCAGAGGCGGCGGCGGCAGAAGAUUCCAAAGUCGACCUUUCCGCGCAGUGGAACGACCCGAUGGCAGACCCGGACAAGCGCAAAUUUGCCAGCGAUUUGCGGAAUGCCAAGUCGCAAAUAGCGCAGAACAAGCCCGACGCUGUUCCGGAAUGGAAGCGAGCGGUGGCACCAAAAGACCAAGCAUUCGGCAGGCGGACGAACAUGAGCAUCAAAGAUCAGCGAGAAUCAUUGCCAGUGUACGCCUUCCGACAAAAGUUCUUGGAUGCCGUCAGGGAGCAUCAGGUCAUGGUGGUUAUUGGAGAAACAGGCUCAGGCAAGACGACGCAACUUACGCAGUACCUAGCCGAGGACGGAUUCGCAAACGACGGAGUCAUCGGCUGCACACAACCCCGACGUGUAGCCGCCAUGUCAGUCGCUAAGCGUGUGGCUGAAGAAGUCGGCACUCCACUGGGUGAGGCUGUCGGUUACACGAUUCGUUUCGAGGAUAAGACAAGUCCUGCCACCAAAAUUAAGUACAUGACGGACGGUAUGCUUCAGCGUGAGAUUCUGGUCGACCCAGAUCUGAGGCGGUACUCGGUCAUCAUGCUUGACGAGGCUCACGAGCGUACCAUUUCUACAGACGUGUUGUUCGCGUUGUUGAAGAAGACGAUGAAGCGUCGGAAGGACCUGAAGGUUAUUGCUACCUCAGCAACUCUGGAUGCCGACAAGUUCUCGUCGUAUUUUGACGGGUGCCCUAUCUUCACCAUUCCAGGCCGAACCUUCCCUGUCGAGAUCCUCUACUCUCGCGAGCCUGAGUCUGACUAUCUCGAUGCUGCGUUGGUCACGGUCAUGCAAAUUCAUCUCACUGAACCCCCUGGUGAUAUCUUGCUUUUCUUGACGGGCCAGGAAGAAAUCGACACAUCAUGCGAGAUAUUGUACGAACGGAUGAAAGCAUUAGGACCAAACGUCCCGGAGCUCAUCAUCCUGCCAGUGUACUCUGCACUUCCUAACGAGAUGCAGAGUCGCAUCUUCGACCCUGCGCCCCCUGGAUGCCGAAAGGUGGUCAUUGCCACCAACAUUGCCGAGACCUCCAUCACCAUCGACAACAUCUACUUCGUCGUCGACCCCGGUUUCGUCAAGCAGAACGCCUAUGAUCCGAAGUUGGGCAUGGACUCCCUGGUUGUUACCCCUAUUUCACAAGCGCAGGCAAACCAACGUGCUGGUCGUGCCGGCCGUACGGGACCUGGAAAAUGCUUCCGACUUUACACCGAGGCUGCCUACCAGUCAGAAAUGCUGCCGACCACGAUUCCCGAGAUUCAACGCCAGAACUUGUCACACGUCAUCCUUAUGCUAAAGGCAAUGGGCAUCAACGAUCUGCUGCACUUUGACUUCAUGGACCCUCCUCCAAUCAACACCAUGCUUACGGCGUUGGAGGAGCUCUAUGCUCUGAGUGCACUAGACGACGAGGGUCUGUUGACUCGUCUGGGAAGGAAAAUGGCAGAUUUUCCAAUGGAGCCGUCCUUGGCCAAGGUGCUUAUCAUAUCUGUUGAUAUGAAGUGUUCGGCUGAGAUGCUCAUCAUUGUCGCCAUGUUGAACCUUCCCAAUGUCUUUUACCGGCCAAAGGAAAAGCAGUCACAGGCGGACCAGAAAAAGGCAAAGUUCCACGACCCUCACGGCGAUCAUCUCACGCUCCUCAACGUCUACAACUCAUGGAAGCAGAGUAGCUACUCGAGCCCGUGGUGUUUCGAGAACUUCAUCCAGGCCCGCUCCAUGAAACGGGCCAAGGACGUCCAUGACCAGCUCGUCAAGAUUAUGGAGCGGUACCGCCACCCCAUCCUCAGCUGCGGUCGCAACACGCAGAUCGUCCGCCAGGCGCUCUGCUCAGGCUUCUUCCGCAACGCGGCGCGCAAAGAUCCGCAGGAGGGCUACAAGACGCUCAUCGAGGGCACACCCGUGUACCUGCAUCCCAGUUCGGCGCUGUUUGGGAAGCAAGCCGAGUGGGUCAUUUACCACACGCUCGUGCUGACGACCAAGGAGUACAUGCACUGCACGACGAGCAUCGAGCCCAAGUGGCUUGUCGACGCGGCGCCGACCUUUUUCAAGGUCGCGCCGACGGACCGGCUGUCCAAGAGGAAGAAGGCCGAGAGGAUCCAGCCGCUGCACAACAAGUACGCCGGCGAGGACGACUGGAGACUCAGCGCCCAGAGAAAGGGCGGCCGUGGUGGAGGUGGCGGCGGAACGUGGGGUUAG